CCAAAUCCUGUGUUACUCUCGGUCAUGUAGAUAUGUGAACCGGCUUUAUCCUGCUAUACUGCAAGGGGUGGCACUUCCAGCUACACCUUUUCUCUCUGGCUAUAUAUAUAUACUUUGCUUGAGAUUCAAAGAAAGCCGGUUGCCUGGUGCAUGUGGAAGGGAAUAAAGGAGUGGCUAUAUUAUAACACUGACUCACAUCUCCACUCAUUUACAUGACAAAGUAAGGGGACUUGCUGCAACCACUGCUUUCUGCAAGAAAGAAGUCCCUCUUGGUGACAGCUCUUUGUUGGAGCAGCCUGCAAUACUGUAAUCUCUUGUCACAGCGAUCAGGAACAACAGCCUGUGAUCUGAGUAGCUGAUGCCGACAUAAGCAGCUCACUGGGCUUCAUCAUCCUCAGAAGAACGGAUUGUGAUACCUGGGAGCAGAUCCUUUCUGUUCCUUGUGCGUUUUACCUGCUCAGGAUUUAUCACCAGGAUCGCCAUCACUAGACACUGCAAAAAUGAUGCAGAUAUCUGACUCGUACAACCAGAAGCACAACUUGUUCAAUGCCAUGAACAGGUUCAUCGGGGCGGUAAACAACAUGGACCAAACGGUGAUGGUGCCCAGCUUGCUGAGGGACGUACCUCUGGACAUGGAGGUGAAGGAAGAAGUCCACAAUAGCAACGGAGCUGCCAACUACUUCACAAGGAAAGACAUGCACAGCUACUACAUUCUGCUGAAAUCCAUCAGGAAUGACAUUGAGUGGGGUAUCCUGCAGGGAGACGACAGGAAAAAGGACAAACUGACCACUCUGGACAUUAGCAGGCUGGAGGAUGCGGAUGGAGAGGAGAAUCUGGAGAAGCAGUUCCACUACCACCUGACUGGGCUGCACACAGUGCUCAGCAAACUUACCCGCAAAGCCAACGUCCUCACUAACAGAUAUAAGGAAGAGAUCGGAUUUGGCAGCUGGGGACAUUAACAAUAGUGUCUUGUUAGAACUAUUAUCAUUUUUAUUAUUAUUUGACAGGUUAUGGUUUAUUUUUAUUUUUUUUAACAUUGACUUAUUUUCUGUGGCAGGUGGAUAUAUGAUCACUCUACAGAAAGCUUGGCUCAUAUUUUGAUGAACCAGUCUUAUUUAUUAUGUUAAGACUCAAAAGGUUUACAGCUUGAUAUGAAUAAGAUUUCCUGUAAUGCACCUCUCGGUGCGUCAUAAUACUUUAGGAUGCAGUGACUAAGAAUCCGUUUAGCACAGCCCUGGUUAACCCUUUCAUUGCCGGAGGUUAGCAGCCCAGAUUUAAAAAAAUAAAUAGUCAGAUAUUGUAAUCUCUUGAUGCCUUGGUGAUAUUAUAGUUAUGGGAUGUCUUGGCAUCAUGGUGCAUGGACCCUACCUAUUUCCUUCUGUAGUGCAGCUUUUCUGCAGUAUGUCAGUUAGGGUGGCAUGGGUUAAUCAACAUAACAAAUGAUUCUGAUUAUCAGUAGGCUUAUCAGUAGAGAGAGGAAUUAGGGUUUUUAUUUGCUUUCUGUUAUCAGAAGGGCUGAAUAAUGUAUGAUGGGCAGAUGGGUGGGGCAUCGUGGGAGAAAUUCUAGUGCAAAUUGCAUCAGCCUUUCAUGAUUUUGCACUACUUUUGUAACUACAACCAUACGUUAAUAUAUAAUGCUUAUUUUGCACUGUCCCAGAAAUGCUUGUAUUUAAUUAUGCUAGAACAGAGGAUGAGAGACACAAGACAACACAACUGUAGUUAUAUGUUUCCUUUUGUGAUCCAGGGCAGAUAUUUCUCAUUGUGCACAGUGUAUUAUUAUAACACAUGGCAAAAUGCAGGCAGGCAAUUUAGGCUGUUGUUAAGCCAAUGACAUACAGACUUACAUCUUUGGAAACAUUUCUGGAACUAAAUGAUGCACCUGUAAAAUGUUUAAAUGGGAUGUGGAAUGGUUCCUUGUCAUAUGCAAAAUAGCAAAAAGUCAAAUGAAGCCUUUUUUUUAUUUUGUUUAAUAUUAUAUUUUAAUAAAUAACACAUUGUGUAUUAACGUGAA